AUGCCACCGCCGGGUUCAGGGGCCAGCUACCUAGACCGGUCCAACAUCCAACUUGGGAGCACUUACAAUAUUCCCAAGGCACUGUUUGCUCUAGGGCAGGCCGCAUGGGGUGUUACCACGGUCUAUCGGACCCAAGGCGACCAGCUUGACAGGUACGGAUAUGCCGCCUUCGGCGCGACCGUGGCACCGUAUGCCUUCAUGUCUCUGGUCAACCUGAUAGCUCUGCUUGUGACUCCAGAGUACAACUGUAUCUACCUUGUCCACACGCCAGACCUCGACAAGGCAAGAAGGCAAGGUGGCAGGUUUUGUGGCAUGGUCGCCACUGUCGACCUUGACAGCAUCAAGGAGCCACUUAGAACAUUCUGGCCCUCUCAAGCAGCCCACACCUCAUAUUUCGCCGUCACAACAGUCCUCUUGUUGUUUCCAGCAAUCCUCGUCGCCGCUCUGACCGGAUUCAACCCGGGACACAGCACUAUCUACCAGAGAGUUUGGAUCCUCUUGUGGCUGGUUUUCGGCAUAUUCAUGGGUCCCCUUAUCAGGAUGCUUACGGUGUUUCCCUCUGAGAUCCACGGCGUGUACAAAAUCCGCGCCAACGACGCAAUAGCGUAUGCCCUUGAAAACGCAAGUUUCAUGCAGCGUGCGAUAGACUGGCUGGUAGCAAAAUACUUUCGCAUCAUCGAGACCUCGUUUUAUGUAUACGUGGUCCUUGGUGCUGCAGUCUGUUUCACGCCCGCAAUCGGGGGUAUGGUUGUGGUGGGAGAUAUGUUGCAGGAGUUUGGUGUGUGUAGACGUCUCGACAGAUAG